GCUGCUAUACUCAGCCUGCAGAAACUUCAUGAUCCUAGAGCCACCUACAGGGACUUUCCUGUGAAGUUGCAGCCCCACAGCAGGCAGAGCAUGCAAAAUAUGUCUUGUUUAAAAGUUCUGGUAUCGGCUGUAGGCAAAACACUCCCUUGUGAGGGUGGGAGCAAUGGACAUUGAAAGAGGGAGGGUACUAUAGGAGAGUAGUUAUUUAUUCAUGGAUCAGCGUGGAAGAAACAUGUUCAGGGAGGCCUAUAUUUUUCCGGGACUGGAGCAGGCUGUCAGUAAUAUUGUAAGAGGGAUAUGGAUGUGAGAAUGGACAUGCUACAGGAAGAGAAUCAUGUUCCAGUGAUUCAUGCUAUGCAGGGCAAAAGCCUCAAGCGACUGAAGUCGGUUGUUACCUGCUGUGUCUUGGGACUCUGCAUCCUGGCAGGCUUUCUAAUUUAUCUGAUGGUUCAAGGGUUCAUGCUGUACAAAGAACUAAAGGAAAUCUAUCAGGUUACAGAUAAAAUUAAAUGUCAUCCACAGAUAAACAAAGACGUGGAUUCAAAUAUUUAUAUGGCAAAACCCCGGGCUCAUCUGACAGGUAAAAAGCAAUAUAGCUAUGUUUCAAAAGACCAAGCUCUACAGUGGGAGAACAGCAAUGGUCUGGCCUUCACCAAUAAUGGAAUGAAUUACACAAAUGAAGGUCUUGAGAUUCCUAAAACAGGGUACUACUUUGUCUAUUCUCAAGUGACUUUCCGCUUGCCCACAUACACUGCAGGGAAAAAGAGUAAAACCGAACAUGUGUCACUGACCGUCAAAAAGAUAACAUCCAAGUAUCCUGAACCUGAGAAACUUAUUAGUGGAGCCAAGAAUGUGAAUGAAAAUGAAAGUGAAGGCUACAGACCCAUUUAUUUGGGAGCAUUACUACUUCUGGAAGCAAAAGACCAGCUAAUUGUGGAAGUCAGUGAUAUACAAUUGGUUGAUGUAACCGUUGAGCACAAGACUUUCUUUGGUGCUUUUAUGUUGUGACCAAGGACAGUACUGGUUCACCGUGAUUAAUGAAUGUGCAAAAUCUUAGUCCUUUUGAUUUUGUAAAUAAGAGAAUAUUCUCUAUUUUUGUUUUGUUCCUUUUGGGGAACUAACACCUCUUCCUACUGCCAGCAGCCUUAGGGCUCUGGCACAUGGGGAGAUUAUUCGCCCGCGACAAAACUCCCUGUUCGUGGGCGACUAAUCUCCCCGUGUGCCAGAGCCCUUAUGCACUAAGAUAUUUAUGUAUGCUGAAUUGCUUUAUUAUCUUCUUGGUUUCCCACCAUCCACUGCUGCCCCAGGGUCACAUGUUUAUGCUGUACACUGUAUCAGAGUGCAAAGUACAAGUGCAUUUAUACCUGUUACCUAUGUGGCCAUGAGUAGCACCAUAGAAGCUGGUGCUAUAAAAGUAAUUCAUAUAUACAGAGUUAUUUAGGGACUUCCCCUUGUUGGUGACCUAUUUUUUCAAUGUCAUGAUUCACAACAUCCAGAUUCAGUUACAAUGAAGUCACAUAAGUGCAAUUACAAUAACAAUGGUUAUGUUAUGCUUGCCAUACUACUACAAAAGAGAAACAGUCUGAAACAUGUUUUUCACUAACUUAAUUAUAUGGUGCUGUUCUGGAAGUAUGUACUUAUCCAUUUGAGUAACAGCUAGCCUAUACUGUAGCUUUACAUGCCACGAGUUAGAACACACUACUGAGUACAUUUCUGUUGAUGUCUAUGGAGAGCCCAUUUUGGAAAGUGGCCAUACAUUUGCAUCAAGUGUGAUGGCCCUUUGUAUAUCUUUCUUAAUCUUUGUCUUUAUCCAGCUAUCUGGGAUGCCAGUGAACCCAAAGCAAGACUCUUGACAAAAUAUUUUCCUCUUUUUACCUCCCCAAAACCCAUCUUGCUUCCCCGCAUGUUCCUUAUCUUUGUGUCCAACUCCAUGCCUACUCAAUCUGCUUUUUUUCCUUUGUCAAACUCCCACUCUUCUGACUUUCUCUUUUGUCUCUCUCUUUUUUUUAAUGCCUUUUACCUUCUUCUUUUAUCUGUGCCAUUUACCUAACUUUUAUUUAUUCUUUUACUUGGCCCCUCUCAGUUCUAAAUCAAAUUUUAGCCUAUUUUGUUUUUCAUCCUUACGCUCCAUCAGAUGUUACAAUUUCCUUCCACAUUUAUGGCAUAUGGACUUUUAACCUCCAUUGCCAUCAGGCAGAAAACAGCUCCCAUUACCACAUUUUCCACAACUUUUGCCUGUACACUGCCGCAAUGCUUUGCCCUGUAAUAACACCGUGGAAUUGUCGGGGAGGUCAUACCUCCACUUUUAUAUACAUAAAGAUUUAUUUCAAUGUGACCUGUUCUUUUCAGUAUCAUGAUUUGCAACAUCCAGACUCAGUCUCAGCAUGUAAAGCUAUUGGCUAGCUGUUACAGUCUCAGAGGCUAGUUGGACCCUAUCACUAAAUACUACUAUGUGGGAUUCUUUUUUUUGUAAUUAGUUAUAGGGCACUUGUUUUAAAGUGGAUUCUUUUGCAAAAAUGUAUUUCUGCAUUUGAUUGUAAAUGCUACAAAUGAGACUAUGGGGGCCAUUUAGUAACAAUUUCCGAUUUUUAGCGCUAAAAGUCACUCAAAAGAAAAAGUUGUGGCUUUUUAGAUAGUUACAGGUAAAGGACCCCUUAUCCAGAAUGUUUGGGACCAGGGGUAUUCUGGAUAAGUGGUCUUUGCGUAAUUCGGAUCUCCAU